CUCCCGUACAACCACCGGCAGCUCUUCGGCGACGGGUGCGCUUGGGGCAGCUUCACGGUGCUGGACAACUCGGCCUGGUAUGGGCAGCAGCACCUGGUGGACUUCCUGGCGGCCGUGGGCGGCCACUUCCGCAUGGGCACGCUGCUGAGCCGGCUGAGCGUGCAGGCACGGCUCAAGAGCCCCAAGGGCAUGAGCCUGGCCGAGUUCCUCUACCAGGUGCUGCAGGCCUACGGCUUCUACUACCUGUUCCAGCGUUACGGGUGCCGGGUGCAGCUGGGCGGCUCUGACCAGCUGGGCAAUAUCAUGUCCGGAUACGAGUUCGUGCACAAGCUGACUGGAGAAGAUGUGUUCGGAAUCACUGUUCCUCUCAUCACAAGCACCACGGGAGCGAAGCUGGGGAAGUCGGCCGGCAACGCCGUAUGGCUCAGCAGAGAUAGGACAUCUCCGUUUGAGCUGUAGCAGUUCUUCCUGAGGCAGCAGGACAGCGCCGUGGAAAGGUACCUGAAGCUCUUCACUUUCCUGCCCCUUCCAGAGAUCCACCACCUCAUGCAGCUGCACCUCAAAGAGCCAGAAAAGCGGGUGCCCCAGAAGCGACUGGCUGCGGAAGUCACCAAGCUCGUUCAUGGCCGAGAAGGCCUGGACUCCACCAAAAGGUGCACCCAGGCCCUCUAUCACAGCAGCAUCGAUGCUCUCGAGGUGCUGUCUGGUCAGGAGUUAAAGGAGUUGUUCAGAGAAGCUGCGUUUUCUGAGUUAGUUCUUGACCCCGGAACCAGCGUCCUAGACACGCGCCGCAAAGCCAACGCCAUUCCCGACGGCCCCCGCGGGUAUCGCAUGAUCACAGAAGGCGGAGUCAGUAUUAGUCACAGACAAGUAACAAAUCCCGAAAGUGUUUUAGUUGUUGGACAACACAUUCUCAAGAAUGGACUUUCUUUACUUAAAAUAGGAAAAAGGAAUUUCUACAUAAUAAAAUGGCUUCAGUUAUAA